AUGAUGAAGGUACAUCAGCCUUAGGUUCUGCUUUAGCAAAUUGCAUUAAUCUCUCAAAUUUGGAGCUUAACCUUAGGUAAAAUCAGUUUAUUUGUUUUAGAUUGUGAUACUCUAAUAAACUAAUUAAUUUAAUAUUUUUUCUUCAAAUAUUUAACAAGUGAAAAUUAAAUUGGUGUUGAAGGUAUAUUAGUCUUAGGCUCUGCUUUAGCAAAUUGCACUAAUCUCUAAAAUUUGGAACUUAACCUUGGUAACAAUUAAAUUGGUGAUAAAGGUACAUUAGUCUUAGAUUGUUUAGCAAAUUGCACUAAUAUCUUAAAUUUAAUACUUGAUCUUCGUAGUAAUUAAAUUGGUGAUAAAGGUACAUCAGAUUUAGGUUCUGCUAUAACAAAUUGUGCUAAUCUCUAAAAUUUGGAACUUUACCUUAGUGACAAUUAAAUUGGUGACGAAGGUGCAUCAGGUUUAGGUUAUGCUUUAGCAAAUUGCACUUAUCUCUCAAAUUUGACACUUAGUUUUGGUAGGAAUUAAAUUAGUGCAAUUGGUGCAUCAUGUUUAGGUUCUGCUUUAGCAAAUUGUGCUAAUCUCUCAUAUUUGGAACUUUACCUUAGUGAUAAUUAAAUUGGUGAAGGUGCAUCAGGUUUAGGUUCUGCUUUAGCAUAUUGCACUAAUCUCUCAAAUUUGGAACUUUAUCUAAGUGGUAAUUAAAUUGGGGCAAAUAGUGCAUCAGAUUUAGUUUCUGCUUUAGUAAAUUGCACUAAUCUCUCAAAUUUGACACUUGAUCUUGGUAACAAUUAAAUUGGUGUAAUUGGAGCAUCAGUUUUAGGUUCUGGUUUAGCCAAUUGCUCUAAUAUCUAAAAUUUGACACUUUACCUUAGUAAAAAUUAAAUUGGUGAUGAAGGUGUAUCAGGUUUAGGCUUUGCUUUAGCAAAUUGCUCUAAUUUCUCAAGUUUGGCAUUUUACCUUCAUAACAAUUAAAUUGGUUCAAUUGGUGCAUCAGGUUUAAGUUCUGCUUUAAAAAAUUGCACUAAUCUCUCAAAUUUGGAACUUUACCUUGGUUACAAUUAAAUUGGUGAGGAAGGUGCGUUAGGCUUAGGUUCAGCUUUAGUAAAUUACACUAAUCUCUCAACUUUGACACUUAACCUUUAUAACAAUUUAAUUGGUGCAAUUGGUGUAUAAGGUUUAGUUUCUUCUUUAGCAAAUUGCACUAAUCUCUCAAAUUUGACACUUGAUCUUGGUAAGAAUUAAAUUGGUGGCGAAAGCGCAUAAGUAUUAGGUUUUGCUUUAGCAAAUUGCACUAAUCUUUUAAAUUUGGCACUUGACCUUAGUAAAAACUAAUUCAAUGAAUCUUAAUAAUUGUAAGUAGAAAACAAGUGUCUUAAAUCAAAAAGAUUAGUUGUCUUUGAAAUAAAUUUCUGA